AUGGUGGACGUAUUGGAGGUCGUGGUCGCAAUAGUGGGCGUGGAGAAGCGGCGGCGAGUGCGAUCAUGGUUACCUAUUAAGUCUCUGAUUCGAUUCAAGUGCGUCUCCAAGUCGUGGUACGCCCUCAUCAGUGACCCGACCUUCGUGGCCAAGCAUCUCCACAAUGUCAACAGCAAGAUAUUGUCCUCUUCAUCCUUCAUUUUCGGUCAUAUGGGCGCUACCGAAGGAUGCUCAUUGCUCACAAUUUUUGGUUACGAUGAUGAUGAUAAUGACCGCAUUCGUUGUAGCACUGAAGUAUUGAAUUUUCCAAUUGAUCCCGCAAAACAUAUUGAAUCACUUUGUUAUUGUGAUGGCAUCAUUUUCAUAGGAUUAUCAGCCUCGAAUCUUACAGUUGAAGGUGUUUUGUUCAAUCCCGCAAUCAAGGAAUCCAGGGUUCUUCCGAAACCAUGCUUUGCUGGUAGCUUUAUGGAGAUGGGAAAGGGAUUUGGCUACGAUCACAGGACUAAUGACUACAAGGUUGUGACGUUUGGGUUCGUCAGACAUGGUCAUGAGAGAAGAGCUGAAGUUUAUGGCAUGGCAACUGAUUCUUGGAGAGAGAUUGAGAUGCAAAUCCAAACUAAUGGAGCAUUUUCAGGCGCCGAAGUAUACUGCGAAGGAGUUUUUUAUUGGCGUAUGGCCGAUUAUAACCACAUGAUCCUUUCUUUUGAUAUGAGUGACGAGGUGUUUCGCCGGAUACCAUUGCCUAAUAAUCUUCAAGAACUAGCUAUAGACCUAGAUAUUGAACUUGCAGUAUGGAAUGGAUCUGUCGCUUUCUUUUACUUUCCAGGUGAAACUGAGGAUCCAACAUUAUUUGUGAUGAAUGAUCGUGUUGAUGAUGCUAGAGGUUCUUGUUAUUGGGUCAAACAUCUAACAAUCGGACCCUUUGAAGGCAUUGCAAGACCAUGGAUAUUUUGGAAGAACGAUGAGCUCCUUAUGGUUAGGAAAGGUACCGAGGGAUGGCUGGUGUCUUACAAUGUUCGCAGCAAAAAGAUUAGAGGUCUUCCGAUUCAGGGCGAGCGGGGAAGGUAUUUUAGAUUCUUGUAUGUGGGAAGUCUGGUCUCGGUGCAAAGAAGGGGACAAGCUCAGUUGCAAAUAUAA